UUUAGUUUCGUUUUCAGUGCUGACUUAUGUGGCGUGGUGCAGCCGCUGUCUCUGUGUCUUUGGCCGUUUGUGCUUAUUUCGCCACGUUUUACUUCGAGCUGGGAGAAGUGGAAAACAGGUCGGUUUUAGCCCCAGUUCCUACGUUACUUUAUGCUGUUUACAAGGUUCAUGAUUAGAAGAAUGUCCUCCUCUCUUAACCGUCAUGUGAUCUGGGAGUCAGAGGGGCUGGUGGCGUACCUCCAUCCCCAGCCCUGGACCCCAGGAUCUGUUAUCCUGGAGCGGAGCAGCCCUGGCAACCUGGGAGGCAGCAUCUUCCACCUGGAGAAGCAGGAGUUUUUAUCCUGGCUGCUUGGAGCGAGAGCCGUUGCAGAGCUGCUGUGUGACAAGCUGGCAGUUCGCAGGUGUGCGCUGGUCAGCAGACCCCACAGAGACAGACCUACCCAGAUCAGUGUCCUCCCUCUGCAUGGUCUGGAUGCAGAGUGGCGCCCUCAUCUGGCAGCAGAUGAGGAGCACAACGCCCAUGACCCAGGAUACUGCACCUCCAAGAGCGCUCCCAGAUGGAGUGACUCCAGCCUGACUGAAAUCCAGGCCAAGAUUCGAGCCAAGCUCCCAUUACCUGACGCCCCACCCAAUCUGACUUUCCUCGGGGACAACCCAGCUCACCCUGGCUUGUUUUCACGCAUCGUCCGCGGGGAGGAGCAGCAGUGGCGGGUGUGGGAGGACGACGGUCAUGUAGCCUUUCUCACUCCUUUUCCCAACUCCCCUGGCUUUACUGUGCUGGUCCCACGCCGACCUUUGACCUCUGAUAUAUUCAAACUAGAGAAAGGGGACUUUGAGGAACUGGUGCUGGCAACCUGGGAGGUGUCGAGGCUUCUUGUAGAGGGGUUGGGUGCCUGGGGGAUGGGCCUUAUUUUUGAGGGUUUUGAGAUUGACUAUGCUCAUGCCAAGUUGAUACCACUGUUUCUGCCUUCAUCAUCAGGAACAGGUGAUUACACCACUAAACCACCACCUCCCCAGUGUUACCCCACUUAUCCUGGAUAUGUGACCUCAGAAGAUGGACCUGAGGCCAGCCUGGAAAGUCUGAAAGAGCUACACACCACAAUCACUCAGACCUAAUGCCAUUACCUAUAGUUUGAUGCUACUUGCUAAACUUUUAAUAGUUACUAGUAGUGACUAUAAAAACCAUGAUAUUUACUGUAUAGAAUCAUUAAUGUGCACUAAUCGUGUCUUUGGAUAAUCAUGACUGGUUUGGCAAGUAUAUAAUAUAGCUAGUAAAGUAGGCCCAAGUGAUCUGUUUGAAUUAGAUAAGAUAUACUAAAUUGACUAAUUUCUGAAAGACAAAUGUUUGAUUAAUAAAUCAGAUGUCUAAUUCAAAAAUUGAAUCAUGGCGAGGCUGCAUAACUUGCAAAUUAGACCAGCUCUAAAGUUGGUAAAUAUUAAUGUGCCUCUGUCCUCUGAAGGACAAGAUCCACAGUCAGUGGAGAAGUGCCACAUGACACAAUAACCUGAUUAAAACGAAAUGUAAAAUUUAAGAGAUCCUAAGUGAAGUAAAGCUGAUGAUGUGUAAGGAGUCUGGGUGAAGAUAGAAGAUAAAUAAAUGAUUCCUAACACAUGUUUACCUGUGAAAAGUCACACAAACCAAAUAAGACCCAAUAGUUAAUGUAUUUUGAAUAUUAAGUUGUUUUUUUAAUUGAUAAAAGUAUCUGUGUAAAAUGUCAAAAUAGGAAAUGCAAAAAACUUUUACACCUGAAGUGUAAAAUGAUGAGCGAACACUUUAGGAAACACAGUUUAUUAAGCUUUUGUCAAAACACAAACUUGUUCAUGUCCAUCUACGCCAGCAGUCAUUCAUUAUACAUGGACAUUUUCCUGCACCCAAAAAUUUGUGAUUUACAAUUGAAAAUGCUACAAAUCCAUUCUGAAGAGAGAAAAUGUCAACCACAGAUGUGAGUCACAUUAUAAUCUAAAAAAUAAAAAUACCACAAGCGUUCUAAUACAGUCAAUGCAUUGCCUGCAUCCUCAUUAAUUACAGUGUUACUUAUUUAGUUUCUUAACCACUCACAUGAUCUGCAUGCCUGCUCAUUACACUGUCGCUAACUGGUCCCACAGUGCAUCUCUGAUUAUGAGUCUUAAUUAAUGACUGGCUAAGUGCUCAAACAGUGCUCUGUAAACCAGUUUUUGCCCCAUUCUCUCAUUAAAAUGGACAAAA